AUGAAAAAAUAUUUAAUAUAUUUAUUAAUAUAAACAUUUUAUAUUAGUCAACAAGCACAUAAUGACAUAUAAAUAAAUAUCUCAAGUUUAGAUUCGCCUCUUCAAGAAAUCCACUGGUGUGGUGACGAUUCUUCAAAUGAUUAAGGUGUUGUAUUAUUAACAACAAAAGGAAGCGUUUAUACAUCCGAUAAUAGAGGAAUUAGUUGGCAAAAAAAAGUAGAAUAAUUUAUAAAAGAAGGAAUAAAUGCUUAAUAGAAUUUAAAUGAAGAUAUUGGAUAUGUUCAUAAAAUUAUGUCUAGCCCAAUCAAUUCAAAUGAAAUUGUAUUUAUAGGAACUUAAGGCAUAAAUUGGAUAACUACAGAUUGUGGAUAGACUAUAAAACCACUUGGAGCGAAUAUGAAUUUGAAAGAAUUUGCUUUUCAUCCAACUGAAAGAACUUGGAUGUUAGCUUCUUCUUGGUCUGUAUGUGAUAAUAAAAAUGAAAAUUAAUCGAAAAAUAAUUAAAAAAAUUAAUGUUUUGUAACUAAAGAUUUAUAUUUAUCUUAAAAUUUUGGUCAAAAAUGGAAAUUACUUACUAAAUAUAUUGUUUAAUUUUAAUGGGCAUAAAGAUUUUAAAAUAUUUAGUCGAAAAUUCCUAUAUAAAGAAUUAUUUAUUCAAAAGAAAUAGGAAAUUAAGGACAUUAAAAAAUAUAAGGAUGGAAUAUGAAAACACAUUUAUUUUAUUCAGACGAUUUUUUAGUUAAAGAAUAAAAUAUGAUUGUUAAUUAAGGAAAUAAAUUUUUAAUUACAGAAAAUUAUAUAUUCGCAGCGCAAGUACAUAAUAGUUAGACUCAAGAAGUCAAACUAAUGGUAGCUCAAUAAAAUUUAUAAAAUGAAUAAAACUAUAAAUUUAACUACGUAGAAAUAGACUAGAAUAUUUUCCAACAUUCAUUUACAGUAUUGGAUACAAGUGAAGGACAAGUAUUUUUAAAUUUAAAUCCAUAUGGAUAUAAUUCUCCUUUAGGUAUUAUUUAUUAAUCUGAUUCUACAGGAAGAAGAUUUUCUCUUUCUUUAUAGGAUAAUGUACGAAGUACUGAUGGUUAAUGCGAUUUUGAGAAAUUAUUUAGUGUUGAUGGUAUAUAUAUAGCCAAUAUUUACUAAGGAAAAAAAAUUGAAGAAUUGAAAAAAAGUCUUUUAUAAAAAAAUCCUGAUUCCUCAAAUUUUGAUAUUCCUUUAGAAAGUUCAAUUAAUAAGAAAUCUUAAUAAUAAAAAAUUUCAGAUAUUAAUACUUAGGAUUUAUAAAAAUAUAUAUAGACAAGAAUUACAUUUAAUAAAGGAGGAAACUGGAGCAGAAUAAACCUCCUUAGAAAGAUUCUUAAGGACAAAACACUGAAUGUGAUAUAAAUAAGGGAUGCUCUUUACAUUUACAUUCGAUUUCUUCAAAAAUGGAAUUUGGUCCUGUUUAUUCUAGCGAAAAUAGUAUUGGUUUAAUAAUCGGAACUGGAAAUAUAGGUACAUAUUUACAACAUAAAGCCAAUAAAACAAACACUUAUUUAUCUAGAGAUGGAGGACUUUCUUGGAUUGAAAUCAAAAAAGGAUCUCAUAUAUAUGAAGUAGCCGAUCAUGGAGCUUUAAUAUUAAUAGCACCCAAUUAAUAUCCUUCAGAUUCAGUCUAUUAUUCCUGGGAUGAAGGCCUUACAUGGACUUAAUUAAAAAUUAGUUCUAAAUAAAUAAACAUACAAAAUAUAAUAACUGAACCCGGAAAUACUUCAGAUAAAUUCAUCAUAUACGGAGAAUUAGAAGACGAAUAAUUAGAGGAAAACAAAGGGGUGGUAAUUUUAGUAGAUUUAACCCAAUUACACCCUAGAGUAUGUUAAGGUUUCGAUUCUCCUUCCGAAAAUGACUAAGAAUCCGAUUAUGAAUAUUGGAUACCUCAUAAUCCCGGAGAAGGGUGCUUAUUGGGAAAAGAAAUGAAGUUUGUAAGAAGAAAAAGAUAUGCAAGUUGCUAUAAUCCAGAAAAUUUCGAAAGACCAAUUUCAGUUAGAAAAUGCGAAUGUACAGAAUAUGAUUGGGAAUGUGAUUUGGGAUAUGAAAGAGUUAUUAGUGAAAAUCAAUAUUAGUGCGUAUAAAUUAAAGGGUAUAUUGAAGUAGAUGAGGAAUGCUAAGAUUAUUAUUAUAUACCAAAUGGAUAUAGGAAAAUUACAGGAAAUUAAUGCGAAGGUGGAGUAAGUCAUGAAUAAUAAAAAAUAUCGUGCUUUUGGGUAAAGGCAUUUAGGAAGAAUGGAGUUUUAUAUAAUAUAGGAAUUUUAGGAGUGCUUAUAGGUUUGAUUUUAAUUAUUGUUAAAUAUUAAAAUUUCGUACUUUAUGUUUUGGUUAAACUUAAGGUUGUAAAAUUUGUGGACUAUUUAUAGGAUUUAAUUGUGAGAAUGUUAAAGAAAUAAAAUUAAGAAUAUAUAGGAAUUGAGUAAAUUGAAGAUGAAAAUGGAAAAAAAUAAUUUUAAGAUGUAGAUAUGAAUAUUAAAAAAAGAAAAACAGAUGAUGAAGAUGAAAUAAAUAGAUUAGUUUGAUU